AUGCGAUCAUUCAUUUACCUAAGCUUGCUCUUCUUCGCCACACUCAACUACGUGAUGGGCGGAUAUGUAGAUCUGGACGACACGGUAGGGAUCGAAGGUUAUUUUACCGAAACUCAAGCAUUGUUAGAUCAUUUAGAUAUCGCUCAACAAUCCAUCUUAGCUGCCUCCCAAGCUGUUCAUCAAGACGCAGGAGGUACGAUUUUGCAAUCAUUGAAGGAUUAUCGAUACGGUGAUCCCCGAUCGGAAGCUGAAAAUGAGAAAAGACAUUUGAGUUGUUGGAUUGGAAUAGAUGAUAAACGUAAACGAGAGGGACACCUGGUCACUUCAGAUCUGGAAGAACGACGAUCCAGCUGUGGACAAUUCUGUUCGACCAGGUUCGAUUGUUGGGUAAUAGGUUGUCAAAGAUGUUAUCAUACGGGCGGAGCAUGUAGAUGGCAGAAAUCAUGUCAAAGAUCACCGUUUUCAGAUGUUACGGAUAUCAUUUCCCAUGAUAUCUUGUAA